GGAGGUAUUUCUCGCAGCACCGGCGUCCCAGGCAGCGUGGCGGACCUUGACAGCGGCCCAGCGGCUUCACGACACUAUUUUUCACACCCACGCCGUGCUUUGGGCUUCCUGCUACCCCAACUCCAGUAGUAGUGCACCCCAGCAGCCUGAGCAGUGGACCUAGAGAGUCAGCUUGACCUAUUGGGCUGGUCAUUGCUCACACAGACGCCUAAGUAGCCGCAGUAAUGAACCUGAACAAACUGCUUGACCCACAAAACCCCAGGAUGGCUCUCAUCUGGAGUUUUGCCAGUUCCCAAUACUUGUUCAAGAAAAAGAACAGAAAGGAGUACAGAGAACUCCUGAGUGUUGAUGUCACUGAUGUAUGUGGUAAAUUGAAGGAAGUAAUGUUAGGACUCCCCAGUAAGAAGAUGGCUUACAAGGCCUUCUUUAGAGCAAGCAUGGUGGCCAGUGGUGCCCUCAGGCUCCAUAACAAACAAAUGGACAUCCUCAUAGAUGACACCGUGAAGCUACUUGAAGCCAUGCGAAGGGAGAGAAAAGCUUUGGAAUCCCUAGAGGAGAACCUGGACUGCAUCACCAUGGAACAAAUGCUUGAUUUUGACUUGGGGGCUGCUGCACCUGUCACCACCACUCUCCCUGCAGCGGCUACUGCUGCUUCCAGACAGCAGCAGAUUAACUGGGGUUAG